UGUCCAUUCUAGGGUUGUAACCUUUUUGCACAUUGUUGCAGGACAAAGGUAUACUGACAGGUCUCUGCAGUGUGCUCUUUCUACUCUGACAAACACAGCUGAGCAAUACUGAAAAUGCACAGACCAGGUGCAGGUUCUGAGGAUGAGGAAAGAUAUAGAGAUGGUAUGCAAAGUGGGGUAUUCUACAGCCAUUUGGAUAGACAAGUGCGGCCAUUCAUCGAACUCAUUGACUUUCUGAGAUCGAUCGGAAUCGAGAAGGACUUGGCAUUGCCAGCCAUUGCUGUGGUUGGAGACCAGAGCUCAGGGAAGAGCUCAGUGCUUGAGGCGUUAUCUGGGGUGGCACUACCCAGAGGAAGUGGUAUUGUCACCAGGUGUCCAUUGGAAUUGAAACUAAGGAAGAGUUUUGGAGGAAAAUGGAAGGCAAAGAUCAGCUAUCAAGGGGUAGUGGAGACUUUUGAGGACCCCUCAUUGGUUGAGAUUCAUGUCAGAACUGCUCAGAAUACUCUAGCCGGAGAUGGUGUUGGGAUCUGUGAUGACCUGAUCACGCUGGAGAUCACUUCUCCUGAUGUAUGUGACCUCACACUUAUUGAUCUACCUGGGAUUACCAGAGUACCUGUCACAGGCCAACCAGAGGAUAUUGGUGAUCAGAUCAGACGUCUUAUUUUGAAGUUUAUUAAGAAACAAGAGACCAUUAACCUGGUUGUAGUGCCAUGCAAUGUUGACAUAGCAACAACUGAAGCAUUGAGAAUGGCACAAUCAGUGGAUCCCGAAGGUGCAAGGACACUGGCAAUUCUGACCAAGCCAGACUUGGUUGACAAAGGAGCAGAACCAGACAUCUUAAAAAUUGUUAAUGGCCAAGUUGUUCACCUGAACAAAGGCUACAUCAUCGUAAAAUGCCGUGGCCAGAAUGAUAUCAACCAGAAGAUCUCUUUGGCGGACGCCACUCGACUGGAAAUGGAAUUCUUCAAAAACCACCACCACUUUAGUCCACUUCUUGAGCAAAACAAAGUUACUACACAAUGCCUUGCCACCAAGCUCACACAAGACCUGGUAGAUCAUAUAAAGACAUCACUUCCAUACUUGACAGACCAAAUCAGAGAGCAUCUUGAGACUGUUAAAACAGAACUGAAGAAGUAUAGUACUGGUCCUCCACUGGAACGUAAAAAGAUGGGGCCCUAUCUGACAGAGAGACUAAUGGAUUUCAUUGACAAGAUUCAUGAACUGUGCAGAAUUGGGAACUCAAGUGAGAAGAAUCUGUAUACUUUCCUACGUCCUGUAUUCCAACAGUGGGAUAGUUAUCUCAGUAACACCAAAGGAUCAUUCCUCAACAAAGUGGAGGCCAUGAUAAAAAACUAUGAUAAAGAACAUCGUGGGAGAGAGCUGAUAACUUUCAGUGACUAUUGUGUGUAUGAACACGCAGUUCAAAAGCACAUCCUUGGACUUCAAGAGCCGGCCUUGGAUGUCCUGAAAGCCAUUCGAGAUAUGGUACAAGCAGAGUUUAGACAUGUGUGUGAAGCUUGUUUCAAAAGCUAUCCUCAGCUCAGAUGCCUGGCUUUGACUAAGAUUGACGAAAUCCAGAUGAAGCAGGAAGCCAAAGUUGAGAAGAGAAUCAAAGAAUACAUCAAUAUGGAGCGAUUGGUGUACACUCAGGACAGUAUUUUCGUCAAGGGCUUGAAGGAUCAUAAAGAUCAGUUAAAAGAAGCCUUCGAGGAAGAGCAUUUUUAUGACCCAGAGGAAAUUGAGGAUAUCACUGCUACAUUCAACUGUACCGCAUUUGAUAGCAGGAAGCUGACCACAGAUAAACUUGGUGUCUACUAUGAGAUUGUCUACCAGCGCCUGGCAGAUUACGUGCCCAUGCUGAUCCUGCAAUUCAUGCUUAAGGAGUCAGCCAAGAUGCUGCGUAUCCAGAUUAUGGAUCUGAGAGACGGAGCUGAUGUUGUCAAACUGCUGAGCGAAGACUCUAUGGAAGGCCGCAGGAGAGCAGACCUGCAUCAACGCCUGGACCGUCUGAAAAAGGCCCAGGAAAAACUUAGUGAGUUUUAGGGCUCUCAAUACUGUAGUCCCAUUUUAUGUGAUGUUAUUUCAACAACAACAGGAUGUCUAAAUGGACUGCCUUCCCUCUGACACUUGUCAUACAACUUGAUAAUCAUUCAUUGACAUUGAGGUAAUUGAUAUUUUAAAAUUGAAGUGUGUGUCAAUAUGGCACCAGAAUCAUACAUACUGUGCUCUUAGCUGACAGUCAAAGGCCUCUUGUUCAUUAAAGGUCAAAUGCAGACAUUUUCAUUUCAAUAUCAAAUCAUUUCUGGGUAACAAUUAAGUACCUUAGUGUGAUUGUUUUCAAUUAAAAUUGUAAAAAAUAAAGAAAAAUAGCUUCUUAGCAAAGAGCAAUUUCUCAAGCAAGAACUUUGCUCCUACUAUCUGGGAGUGGUCUGAGUGGGGAGAGGAAAACGGAAAACUAUAUGUUGUUGGCAGAGAGGUUUGGAACUCUUUCUUAUUGGUCUAUUAACUAAUGAUGUCACCAAGCAGGCCAAAUUUUAUCCAACCUAAACAAGCUGAAAUUGCAGGCAGUCUUUUCAAAAAGCUGAAAGAGCAUUAUCACAAUUUUCACAAUUUCACAGCAUUAUUCCAACCUCAGAGUCUGGAAAUAUACAUAAAACAAAGGAAAAUCUAAAUGUUGACUGCACUGGGCAUUUAAUAAUUGAACAGAGCAUUCUGAAUAUGUUGUGAUAACAGAAUAAAGUGCAUGUACAACUAUA